GCAGGGUAGGCAGCUCUGGUCUAAAAAUCUUUUUUCCACAUUUGUUUAAACUGUCUUUAUAUACUAAUACAUAAUUAAAAUGUAAGUACUCUGAAAAAUAGAGUAUAAAAGUCGAGUGUCUGUACAACUCUCACAAUUGUUUGAAACACGGCUAAUUAUUUCCAUUCGGGACGAAUAAAAUGAUUUGCUUGGGCAACUGUCACUCUGUAUCGCAACCGUUGCUACCACCCCCGCUGUUACAGGAUCUGCCCACAUGCGCGCGCACGUUUGAUUUGAGGAUUGCAGAGGCACGGAACCUAGAAAGAGUAUGGCAGAGAAACUCACAGCACCUGCAUUUGCAGUGAACGAAAGCAAACAUGGCAAAAAAAGGAAGACCGUACAAGAAAAGGCAAUAAACAAAAAGUAUUUGGAUAAACAAAGAAACCAAACAAGAGUCAACAUCGGCGUGGCUUUCCAGCGAUGGCGAGAACUGCGUGAUCUCAAGGGGCUGAAAAGUGACGCAAUGAUGGCUUUAUUUCUGCUGGACAGUUAUGAGAAAGAGAUAUCAACGUCCACACCAUCAAAAAGUGGAUUUAAAAGGCCACCACCCCCUGUUUCCUCUAUUGUUGCGGAGUCUCUUUCUGACAGAGAUGAUGACUUCUCAGUAGCUGGAGUUGAAGAGUUGGAUAGUAGCAGCGUACAGGAUAAAAAUAUUCAGCAGUUGGAUGCAAGUAUGUCAUCACUGGAUUUGGAUGUCAUCAGUGAAGAUGAAUUUAACAACAUUGAAAACUCGACUAUCGACUGGGAAGAUAACACCUGGUGUCCUGAUAUGGAGACAGAGUCUGUGUCAUCACUUGAAGAAGAAGAAACAAAGGAAAUAGAUACAGACUAUGAUGACAGUGAUGAUGAAGACUAUAUGCCACGUAUUUGUGUGCGGACUGGCGGUGCUCUGAAGAGUCAUAUUUGUCUGGAUGCACUUCCAACAAUUAGUAUGGAGGACACUGUGCAUGAUACUGAAGACAACUCCCAAGACCCUACUAUUGCAGACAUGCAUCCAAUCCCAGAGACUGCUAAAGUCCUGGUUGAGGAUGAUAUCAUUGGCCAGCCAGCAUCUAUAACAUACCACAGUUGUCUGAAGCUGCUUGCAGAAUAUCUUGUUCUACCUGUGAACAUAUGUACUGCUAAGGACACAAACACAAAUGUAGAGUGUGGGGCACAUAAACCAUUUGAGGUCAACAUCCAUUCCAGGGGUACAGCUGCAAUUGUGGAAUGGAUAUGUUGUAACGGUCACACUGUUUGGAAAUGGUCUUCACAGCCCUUUUUUAAAUAUGCAAUGCUUGCUGGGGACUUUAUGUUGGCCUGUAACAUACUGCUGUCUGGCAACAACUAUGCCAAGAUUUCCCUUCUCUUUAAAUUCAUGAAUAUGGGGAUGGUGGAGAGGUCGUCUUUUUUUCGAGUACAAGACUCCUACUGUGUGGACACCAUAAAGGAGUUCUGGAAUGAGAAGAGAGCUGAAAUCAUUGCCCAGCUACAGUCUAAAGGGCCUAUUGUCGCCCUAGGUGAUGCUCGGAUGGACAGUCCUGGAUUCUGUGCACAGUAUUGCACAUACACAACCAUGGAAAAUGAUUCCAAGCACAUAAUCUACAUGGUCAAUAUCGACAAGAGGGAGACACAGAGGAACUCCGUUAUCAUGGAGAAGGAGGGCUUUCAGCGGACCUUUGAGACACUCCGUCAAGAAAUAAACUUGACAGAAAUUUGUACUGAUGCUCAUUCCCAAAUAUCAGCCCUCUUCAACAAAGGAAAAUACAAAGACAGCGGAGUCCACCACACACUGGACGUCUGGCAUGGGUCCAAAAACUUGUGCAAAAAAAUUCAUGCCGCAGGGCAGCAAAAGGGGUGUGCCAUUCUCCAGAUUUGGAAUAAAGACAUUUGCAACCACUUUUGGUACUGCUGUAAGACUGCAGAUACCUAUGAAGAGUUCAUUGACAUGUGGGUGGGACUCCUUCACCAUGUCACAGGAGAACACACAUGGGCCCUUGGUGAGUGUCAACAUGGCCCCUUGCUUGACAGCAGGGAGAAGGAUUGGAUUGAGAGUGGUUCAGUGGCACAUGAGAGGCUGGCCGAAAUUAUUCUGGAUGAACGCUGGCUGAAGAUUGUCCCCAAGUAUCUGCGUUUCAGGUCGACUGCAGAUUUGGAGUCAUUUCACAACCAUGUUCUCAUGUAUGCCAGCAAGCGCUUCAGCUUUUCCCCGCCAGUGUACGCUGCUCGGACCAUGCUGGCUGGCCUAGAUUACAACCACCAUGUCCAUAGACCAGCCAUGAGAAAAGCUGAUGGCACAAUUCUGUACAGCAAGCUGUACAACAAGAAGUCCAGGAAGUGGAGAUUGUAUUCAGUAAAGGUGAAGAAGGACUACAGCUACGUUGCAGACCUACAGCGUGCCAUCCUCCUUCGACGGCUAUCAGCUAAUAAGGGGAUGGCUAGAAGCAGAACCAGGAGACCUGAUGAUCCCCGUCAACAUGGCGUUCUGUCUGGUGCACCUGCCCCAUCAACACAGGAGCUGUUGCAAAUUCAAGUCAGCAGAGGGUCAGGUCAAUUGUUGCCAAAACAAUAAAUCAUCUUCAUAGUUGAUGUGAUGCUACGUCCGAAGUCUGGCCCGUCAACCGUUCAAGACACCUCUGGAGACACCAUGUCUUUAUUUAUGUAUAGUGUUAUUUUGAUUGUUUUUUAUAUCUGUAGAGGUUAUAGUUUUAGUAAUAUAAAAAUAAACAAGUGACAUACUACAUUUGGUUGUCGUUAUUUUAGAAAUAAUACAUAAAUAGUUUAGAAAUCUAAU